AUGCGUCCUGGAGCAUGGAGAAAUGUUGUGCACAGACGGAAUACUGCCACUGCUGGUAUAGGGAACGGCGAGCUUUGUUGUGUGCAAGUCAUUCUUUCUGGUGUCAGCAGGUGGAUGAAGCACCCUUCUCGUAGUCUUUACUCGGAACCUUGUGUAACUAGAGAGAAAUUCUCAGACUCUAUCUACAAGACUGGCUCCUUUUCAAGCCGUUCCACUCUGUACGCUCUGUGGGAUAGACGAUCGAAGAAUCCAGAGGGCAAGAAGUUUCUCUGCCGUUGCGAGCUGCGGUAA